UUAAACAGAAGUUUUUUAAAAAAAUAAAAUGGAGUGGGGUGGCAGGGGGAAGGAAUCAGAAAAUAUAUUUUGCAAAAUUAUAUCAGUGUAAACCCAAAAUAUUUAGCAAAUAAAAACCCUAGCUCUUUUCACCAUUGGCUUCGAGCAGCCGAGCAUGGACAGUAGAAGUGUCAUCCCUUGGUCCGAUCUUCCGAAAGAACUUGUGGAGAGGAUCGGCAAAUUCCUCGACACACAUAUUGACGUCCUUCGCCUUCGUGCAGUCUGUUCAACAUGGCGUUCCUCACUUCCUCCUUUCAAAAACUCUCCUUCUUUACCUCUCAAACUGCAAGUACCCAUCAUCCCCUACGACACUGACCCUUAUUCAUGCAGCCCUGGUGUUACAAAAAUUUUGCUGUCUACCAACUACGUAUGGAAUGGGACCAAUCAUUUUUCUCUAAUGGCAAUUCAUAUUGGGGGUCAUUUAUGUUACUUAAAGUCCGGGGAUGAGAAGUGGACUAUCAUAAAAAAUGCCAGUUGCAAUAUUGUCGAUAUCAUUGUCUAUAAGGGGAAUUUUUAUGCUGUUGAUCAAUAUGGAGAGACCAUAAAGUUUGAUUCCUCGCUUAAUGAGACCAAGGUAGCAUCCAGGUUAUAUGAUGGAGGUAGGAAGACGACUAGUGGAAUCAAGUGGCCAAUUGUUUCUGGUUGCUAUGUUUUUAGAUGUUGAUAAGGAGGUCCGUGGUCCGGGCCCUUCUUGGAAUAAUGUCCUUGAAAUUAAAAUGUACCGGCUAGAUGAAGAACAACAUGAAUGGAUUGAAGUGUAUAAGUUGGGUGAUCGGAUUUUCUUCGCAGGAGAUGACUGUUGCUUCUCUCUUUCUUCAAAAGAUUUUGGUAAGUGCAAAGGAAACUGCAUUUACUAUGUGAACGGAAAUAUAUCUGUUGACAUCUUUGGGGAGUUUACGCACUUAUAUGAUGAGGACAGUGAAGAUGACGUUCCAUGUGCUUGUUGUGGCCAUUUUAAUGCUGAUCCAAUCUAUGGUGGUGGUGUGAUUAGCAGCACUAUUACGCGAUGAUGGCAAGAAUGAGCGUGGUAGCAAUGGUAACAAGAAUGUGCGCGAUAGCAAAUCAGGUGUUCUUAGUGAGGAACUGGUAGCUAGAUAUAAAGGAGUACAUGGUCAUAAGACGGGUGUAUUUACCAUAGAAGAUGGUAAAUUUGGUUCACUGUUAUCCUUCCUUGAAUAUGCAGAUAUUUUCUGGCCACCACCAUCUUGGAUUAAUGGUGAGGA